UUAAACUAAACUCUAUCUCUGUCAGUGUGAGCAGCAAAAUGGCUGAAGCUGGAGUUUUACUAGAUCAGGACCAGUUGCGCUGUGCGAUCUGUCUGGAUCUGCUGAAGGAUCCGGUGACAAUUUCCUGUGGACACAGUCACUGUAUGGGAUGUAUUAAGGGCUACUGGGACCAGCAUGAUCAUACUGGAGUCUACAGCUGUCCCCAGUGCAGAGAGACAUUCACUCCAAGGCCUGUUUUAAGAAAAAAUACCACGCUAGCUGAAGUGGUGGCAAAACUGAAGAAGACAGGACUCCAAGCUGCUCAUCCUGCUCACUGUUACGCUGGACCUGGAGACGUGGCGUGUGAUGUCUGCACUGGGAGAAAGGGCAAAGCCGUCAAGUUCUGUCUGGUGUGUCUAGCCUCUUAUUGUGAAACUCACCUCCAGUCUCACUAUGAAUCUCCUCCUCUUAAGAAGCAUAAGCUGGUCAAAGCUGCUGGAAACCUGCAGGAAAAGAUCUGCCCUCAUCAUGACAAACUGCUGGAGAUUUACUGCCGUACCGAUCAGCAGUGUAUCUGUUAUCUGUGUACGAUGGAUAAACACAAAGGCCAUGAUACAGUCUCAGCUGCAACAGAAAGGACUGAGAAACAGAAGCAGUUGGGGGUGACACAGAGUAAAUUUCAGCAGAGAAUCCAGGAGAGAGAGAAGGAGCUGCAGGAUCUGAGACAGGCUGUACAGUCGCUCAAGUGUUCUGCACAGACAGCAGUGGAGGACAAUGAGAGACUCUUUACUGAGCUGAUGUGCUCUAUUGAGAGAAGGUGCUCUGAGGUGAUAGCGCUGAUCAGAGAUCAGGAGAAGGCUGCAGUGAGUAGGACUGAAAAACUCCUCAAGCAACUGGAGCAUGAGCUUGCUGAGCUGAAGAGGAGAAAUGCUGAGCUGGAGCAGCUUUCACACAUAGAGGAUCACAUUAAUUUCCUCCAGGUACCAUCACUGGCUCUCUGACAGUCUGCACUAUGUACAUUGUACGUACAUGGUGAGGCAUGUUCUUCAUUUUCAAAGAUCUGCUCCAGGCAUCUGCACAGGAAUAUAGAUUGAGACCAUUCACCUGUCUGUCUGUUUGGCUGUCUGCCUGUCUGUCUGCAGAACUGUCAGCCUCUCUGUGCCCCUGAUGUACCUGGAAACUUAUCCACUUUCAGUCCACACGUCUCCUUUGAAGCUGCAGUCAAAUCGAUUU